CUUCUUAGAAUUACAUUCAUCAUCUUCUUCGUGCUCGUCACUGCCUUUGGUAACCCCAUCUUCGAAGAGUUCUAUUGGAGAAUGUUCACUCUUGAGACCUUCGCAACUGAUGGCAAAGUCGACACUCCCACAGUGAGAUGGGUAACAUCAAUAUUUUACGGAGUGUAUCAUUUCUGGAUACCCUUCACCGACCAAGGACCUGUUGCAGGAAUAAUCUUUGCAAUAGUCGUUAUUGGAUAUGGAUAUUUGCUUGUUUGGCAAAGACUCACAGUUAAUGUCUUUAAUGCUUUUCUGAUCCAUUUAGGAUUAGACCUUGGAGAGCCAUUUGCUCUUUAUUUCCUAAAAGUGAUCUCAGUCACUAUAAUUUGGAGGCAAUAAUAGCCUAAUCCUAAAAUCUGACAAUAAAUUCCCAAAAUUAUUAUUGUUGUGAAUCUGUAUUAUAU